AUGAUCUCCGGCGUCCUCAUUUUCAAUCAGAAGGGCGAAAAUCUCAUUUUCCGCGCCUUUCGCAACGACUGCCGGCCCCGCCUGGCUGAUGUCUUCCGCAUCCAAGUCAUUUCCAAUGCCCAAGUCCGUUCACCCAUCCUGACCCUUGGGAGCACCACCUUUAGUCAUGUCAAGCAUGAAAAUAUUUAUUUGGUGGCCAUCACCAAGAGCAACGCCAAUGCAGCGUUGGUGUUUGAAUUUCUAUACCGACUGAUCCAGCUAGGAAAGGGAUAUUUCGGCAAGUUUGACGAAGAAGCGGUCAAGAAUAACUUUGUGCUGGUAUACGAGUUGCUCGACGGUAUGCGGCCACACCACUUCCGGCUUCCCAGCAUGUGCGAAACGUCGAAUUCUGACAUUCAAUGGGCUCUAGAAAUUAUUGACUUUGGCUACCCUCAAAAUACCGAGACGGACACGCUGAAAAUGUACAUCACCACCGAAGGCGUCAAAUCCGAGACCAGACCAGAAGAAACGUCCAAGAUUACCAUGCAAGCGACCGGUGCUCUGUCAUGGAGGAAGGCAGAUGUCAAAUACAGGAGAAACGAGGCCUUUGUUGACGUCAUCGAGGAUGUCAACCUGCUCAUGUCUGCGACUGGUGCGGUUCUCCGAGCUGAUGUGAGCGGACAGAUUGUCAUGCGAGCGUAUCUAUCCGGCACACCAGAAUGCAAGUUUGGUCUGAACGACAGAUUACUGCUCGACAAUGACGGCCUGCUCACACUGCCCAGCGGAAACCGAAUGGGCACAAAGGCGACCAAGGCGGCAGCCGGUAGUGUUUCCCUCGAGGAUUGCCAGUUCCACCAGUGCGUCAAGCUGGGCAAGUUCGAUACCGACAGAAUCAUCAGCUUCGUGCCACCCGACGGCGAAUUUGAGCUGAUGCGCUAUCGCGCCACGGAAAACGUAAACCUACCCUUCAAGGUCCACGCCAUUGUUAAUGAAGUUGGACGCACCAAGGUCGAAUACAGCAUAGGAGUCAAGGCCAAUUUCGGCUCCAAGUUAUUUGCCACCAACGUUGUUGUACGGAUUCCGACCCCUUUAAACACUGCCAAGAUUGUUGAGCGGGUGACACAAGGCAAAGCAAAGUAUGAGCCUAGUGAAAACUGUAUUGUCUGGAAGAUUGGUCGGUUCACCGGCCAAAGCGAAUAUGUACUCAGCGCCGAGGCUAUAUUGACAAGCAUGACGAAUCAGCGGGCGUGGAGCCGCCCACCAUUAAGCAUGAACUUUAGCCUUCUCAUGUUCACGAGUUCGGGGUUACUCGUACGCUAUCUCAAGGUAUUUGAGAAGAGUAAUUACUCCAGUGUGAAGUGGGUUCGAUACAUGACCAGGGCAGGGUCGUAUGAGAUCAGGUUGGUCGCACAUCUUGUUGCGUAUCUCUUCCACAUCGACCGACUAAUUUGA